AUGAAGAUGAUGAAGGUGCUGUCAUGUCCUGCUGCUCUUUUCUUCCUAGUGGCUGCAUUCACUCUGGAGCCAUGUCACUGUGCCAAGGUGCUGAUCAUGCCCACCAUAGUCUUUGACAGCCACUUGAGAGUCUUCAUGCGAGUGGCAGAGGCGCUGGCUGACCGGGGCCAUGACCCCGUGCUACUUCUUCACGAGGGUCGGGAUGUGGAAACCUACCUGCCUGGCUUCCGUCUGCAGACGUACUGGGGUAUCUUCAGCACAGAGAGCGCGGAUGCCUGGGUGCAGGAGAAGAUAAAGCGUGUCUUCCAAGGGAAGAUGACCUCUCUGGAGAUGUUUUCCUUUUUGGAGAAGUAUCUAGAAAACUGUGACCUGGUGCUGGGAAACUCUACCCUUCUGCAGAAACUCCAGAGUGAGCACUUUGACCUGCUGUUGGUGGACCCCAAUGAGAUGUGCGGCUUUAUCCUGGCCCACAUCCUCCGUGUCAAAUAUGCUGUGAUCUCCACUGGUUUCUGGUUCCCAGCAGAGAUCGGUGCCACUUCCCCCAUUGCCUAUGUGCCCGAGUUCAACUCCCUGAUGACAGACAGGAUGGACUUCUUUGGAAGGACUUGGAAUCUCCUAGUCUACAUGAUCACUCGUGUGGCUACAAAACUGGUCAUCCUGCCCAAGUUUGAACGUCUCAUGGAGAAGCAUAGGGUGGAACCCAAGACAUCCAUGUUGGACCUUGUCCAUGGAACUAGUCUCUUCUUCCUCUGUAAUGAUGUGGUGCUGGACUUUCCCCGUCCGACGCUCCCCCAUGUCAUUUUCACAGGCGGGAUCCUCGCUGAGCCUGCAAAGCCCCUUCCAGUGGGUCUGCGUCUCUGGGUGGAAGCAGCAGAUGCAGGUGUUGUUGUUGUCUCCUUUGGCAUCGGGAUCCGAGCUCCUCCGAGUGAUUUCGUGGAGAAGAUGGCUGGUGCAUUCGCUCGCCUCCCGCAGAGGGUGGUGUGGAGAUACUUUGGGCAGAAGCCAAGAAACCUGGGUGACAAUACGCUGAUGAUGGGGUGGCUGCCCCAGAAUGACCUGCUAGGCCACCCCAACGUGAAAGCCUUUGUCAGCCACUGUGGGAUGAAUGGAGUAUUUGAGGCAAUUUAUCACGGUGUGCCAGUGGUGGGAUUCCCUUUCUAUGGGGACCAGUUUGACAUCAUGACCAGAGUGCAGGCGAAGGGCAUGGGCAUCCUCAUGGACUGGAGCAGAGUAAAAGAAGAGGAUCUUUACCAGGCUAUUGUCACAGUUAUUUCUGACCCCAGCUACAGAAAAGCGGCCAAGCUUAUCUCGGCUCUGCACCUGGACAGACCGAUGCACGCUCUCAACAGGACUGUGUAUUGGCUGGAGUACAUCCUUCGUCACGAUGGAGCACCGUACCUUCGCCCUGCUGUCUAUGAUCUCUCCUUACACGAGUACUUCUGCCUGGACAUCCUGGCUCUUCUCCUGCUGUGUCUGGCCAGCAUUGGAUUCGUCCUCUACAAAUCGGUGGUGUGGUGCAGAAGGAAAGGGGCCAGCCCUGUGUAUCAGAACGGCAAUUGCAUGAAAGGCCACUUCACAGAAGAGAAGAAAUUGCAGUAG